AAAAAAAAAAAAAAAAAAAAAAAAGAGAGAGAGAGAAAAGCUCUGGUUUCGUUUUACUGUGCAGUGCCAUGGAAGCUGCACUCUCUUCUUCCUCUUCUCUUUUACUCACGUCUCCAACGAACUCGAAGUCAAAAAGUCUCCGACACAGGAACACACUCAUCACCAAGCAUUCAAAAUCAAUGGCCAAUAUCCGCCUCAUCGUAAAUCGAAGAUCAACUACGAAGAUUGCGGCCAUUAACGACGUUUCGGCUGCCGCGGAUUUAGGCCAAGUGGAGGUCACCUGGCAAAUUGUCGUUGGAGCUACAGCUGGAGUAACACCAUUCAUUGUAGCUGGGAUUGAAUUCAGUAAAAGGAUAAUAGCCCAAAGAAGAUGUGAGGUCUGUGGAGGUUCUGGGCUAGUUGUAAGGGAAAAUGACUAUUUUCGUUGCCCUGGAUGUGGAGGAUUUCUACCAUGGCAGUCCUGGAAGAGAUUUUUCUCUGGUUGAUUUCUUUCCUUCUUUACUAUAUUUAUAUGCACUGGUGGAUGUAUAACUGGAUUCAGCUUCAUCUGUUUGUCUAUAUUUCUGGAUAUUCUACUUGAGUAGUAGAACAGAAGUUAAGUAAAAAAAAAAAAGAAAAGGAUAGACAUAUAUAUGUAAAGAAAAUGAGGAGAGAUAUAUAUGUAAAAUACGGGUGGAUUAUUUCUUUCUAUAUAUAUCUCUUCUUACAUGGGAUCCUAUUCUAUUUA